UUGGCAUGACUUGUCUUGCUAGCAGACGAUUUUUCUCAAUUUUAACACAUUUUCAACCGAAAUUUGACCCCGGAUUUGUAGUUAAGAAUGACAAUAUAGUUCAGAGGUUUUAUUGCCACACGGCAAUCCCCAGUUUGGCUCCAAAUGAGGAUGAGAUUGUGACUUUAAGCCAUAAUGUCUAUGAAAGUCACAAGAAAUCACAGAAAGUUCCUCUUGUCCUUAUUCAUGGCUUACUUGGAUCUGGAAAGAACUGGGGAAUGUUUGCCAAAUCUUUCAGGGAACAAAGAACAGUUAUGACCGUUGAUGUUCGUUGUCAUGGAUCUAGCCCCACUGUCCCAAAGAUGGAUUAUCAUCUCAUGAGCCAAGAUAUCAAAGCAUUGAUGGAUCAUUACAAAUGGAAGAAGGCCUGCAUUUUAGGGCACAGUAUGGGUGGAAAGAUUGCAAUGGUGCUAGCAUUGACACAGCCCAAUCUAGUUGAUCAUCUCAUAGUUGCCGAUUCCAAUCCUGGCAUGAGUACUGGUGGACAACAGAUGUUUGCAAUAAUUGAUGCAUUAGCAAAAGUCAGAUUUAAUCACAGUGGGGCUUUACCGGCUGCCAGGAGAGAUGCCGCUGACCAAUUAUUAUCAGUUGUUAAAGAAGCAUCUGUGAGGCAUUAUCUUGUAAUGAAUGUACAAAAAACAAAUGGAAAAUACUGUUUCCGUACUGAUCCACAUGUCAUCGGAAGUAACCUUGAUACUAUACUCGGCUUUCCACACUUCAGUGAAGAAAAGGCAUUUCUUGGGAAGACUCUAUUUUUGGGAGGAGCUAAUUCUCGUUAUAUCAGUGAAGACACAAUGGGUGACAUUGAGCGUUUAUUUCCGACGGCUGGAGUCCAACACAUCCCAAAUGCUGGACAUUGGGUACACUCCGAUCAGCCAGCAGAAUUCACGAGGAGGGUGAAGCAGUUUUUAGGUGAUCUGUGAUACUCUGGUGUGAUUUGAAGUUGAUGACAGCUCUUCGUGAAACUCAAUUCUGAAAGAAACUCUUGAAUUGACACAAACCUUGGGCACAACCCCAUCCAGGCUGCAGUCCUGGCUGUGUGCAAAUACUCAUUUUGUUGACAGUGCAUUUCUCGUGUAGGGCUUUAAAAUCUUCAAAUCAUCAAACUUUACCAAGUCUCAACUAAAAUGGCUCCAUUUUUAAGGCUGUCAGUUACCUCAUACCGGUAGCUAGAAAAGGGUUUAUCGAUAUCAAGGCUUCAAUUAAGCGUAGACUUCCAAGGAUUUAUAAUGUUGCUGAGGAUUCUUAAAAUCAAAACUUUUUAUCUUGUGAUAUCAGGUUAAAUUAUAGGCGUGAGGUUAUUUAGCUGUAGAAUCUAUGUUACUGUUUUU